CGUCACAGCUCCAUUAGACGAUAUUCUCUAAAAUGCCACUGCACGGUGAUGUCAAUGAGCCGUGACGGACGAGUCCAUUGUGAAGAUGUAAACAACAGGAAGUGUGAAAGUGACAUGGAGCAAUAUGCUGGGUUGGUGUGCAGAUGGCUUGUGCAAGGCUUUCUGGUCUUGGCGACCUUGACCUUUGUCAUACAGUGGCUUCUACCGAGGGGAAGGAAAUAUUUUCGAUAUCAACGAUCAUCAGAAGAAUCAGCUACAGGAAGGGGAGAUAACUCAGAUGAGGAACGGAAGGCGAGAAUUAGACAGAAGCUACAAGAAGAACAUACACAGAAGGCUAACAGCUACAAGGACCGUAUUCUGACACCAAGGGAGGAGGCCAAGAGGAUUCAAAAAGAAGAAGAAUUUGAAAAGUUUCUGGGACCAGCUUGGAAAGGUCAAGGUCACUCAUUAGGGGGCAAUGAUAAUGAGGAACCUGACAGUACUGAAGUGGGUGGGGAAAGUCAACCCAACAGGACUGCAGCACGCAGGAGGAAGCUGCCCGAGGAACCCACGUUAACAUGUGGGGAUGUGAAGCCCAAGACAGGGAAACCUAUACAAGUGAUAAAGCUGCCCGAUGAGCCAGAAGAGAGUGAGGAACACUGUGUGAAUGUGAUACUCAGAACACCUGUCGGGAAAAGAUGCAGCAGGAGGUUCCUCCAUACACAUACCGUGAAGGUACUGCUUGACUUCAUGGCGACUCUGGGCUUCAGCCAGACGUUCUUCACUAUAUCAAUGUCAUAUCCUAGGAUGAAUUUAUCGGAGCACCUCAACAAGACUUUGUGGGAGAUGGGGUUCCAGAGACAAGUGACCUUGAAUAUAGAGGAGAAAGACACAUGAGACAGUGACACCUGUCCUAAUGUACCAUGUUGCACAGAAGUGCAAUGUUAAGCCCUUGACCUUCAGUUAGGUUAUACUACUCAACAUUCGCUAAGGACAAAGACAGCCCUCUGUAGUAGAAAGUAUGUUUGUAAGCAAAUGUUGUGUAGUAUAUAAAGAUAACAGUUCUUGGUCUAUUUAUGAUCACAAACUCUAACUCCAUCUAUAAAACAAUAUUUGAGAAUGUUACGAUGUAUCAUUGAGCUAUCCUGAUGCAGUCCUGUUGCAAAAAGGUUUCAGUUAUAGACAUUCGCCAGAAGUGGUCAUGUGUGUUUUGACAGAAAUGCUUUAUUGACUCAGAUUUACGUUGUUUCACUUGACAUGCUAAAAAUAGAAUGGAGAUUACCCAGUCAGGUAGUUCCCAGUCUGAAGCAACCCAGUGUCUUGUUUGUAGGAAACUCCCAACAUUAUCGUUGCAUGAUAUGCGAAGUCUUGACUUUAAUGUAUAAUGAGUAAGUACAUCAUAGAGUUAAUAGGAGGGUUUUUUUUAUCCAAAAUAUAUAACAUUGACCGAGGAAAAAGUCUGCGGUCAAUAUUUCAUUUUUAAGGUCCAUAAAACACAGGUGUUAAACUCAUAUGACAUCUAUAAUUGUAUAUUGUUAGUGAGUAAAAUAUAUAAUCAUUUUUCAUUAUGGCUCUAUACCUAAGAAACAUGACAUAAAUAUCAAAUGAUCUCUUUUUUCCACAUUAACUCAGCUGAAAGUGAAAAUAUCCUUGAUGCCAGUUUGGUUUGAUCUCCAUUCCUUCCAUUGACCUAUGUAACCUGACACUGGAACUCCAGAUAUCUGUCAGCUCCCAUCCAGUUCUGUAACCUGACACUGGAACUCCAGAUAUCUGUCAGCUCCCAUCCAGUUCUGUAACCUGACACUGGAACUCCAGAUAUCUGUCAGCUCCCAUCCAGUUCUGUAACCCGACACUGGAACUCCAGAUAUCUGUCAGCUCCCAUCCAGUUCUGUAACCCGACACUGGAACUCCAGAUAUCUGUCAGCUCCCAUCCAGUUCUGUAACCCGACACUGGAACUCCAGAUAUCUGUCAGCUCCCAUCCAGUUCUGUAACCUGACACUGGAACUCCAGAUAUCUGUCAGCUCCCAUCCAGUUCUGUAACCCGACACUGGAACUCCAGAUAUCUGUCAGCCACCCACUGCCCUUUCUAAGGUUCUUCACCACAAACACACUUGACAGUCAUAGAGUGGUAUUUACCACAGGACAGAUGAGUGAGUGAGUGAGUGAGUGUAGUUUUACACCGCUUUUAGUAAUAUUCUAGCAAUACCAAAGUGAGGCACCAGAAAUGUGCUUCACAUAUUGUAACCGUGUGGGGAAUUGAACCCAGGUCUUUGGCUUGAUAGUGAACACAGUAAACACAAAGUCACCCUACCGCCCCAACAGAUAAAAACAAUCUAAUACUGCUAUUAUAAGAGCAAGAACAAGGUUUUUUAUGUUUUUGUUAUCCCACCUUAAGACUUUAUUACAACAAAUCAAAAACUGUGUUUUAAAUGCAUGGACCUGACAAGGACCUAUUUGCAUUGUUCUUGUAUAUGGUAAAUAGCCGCAGCUUGAAUCUAACACCUGUGGUGUUCUACUGUAAGGGCUCUAAUUAUAUUAUAUUUGGUACUCUGUAAAUUGACCUUGUCAAGAAAGAGAAUGGUCUUUAAGAAAAAGAAGACAAUUUCAUUUAAUAGAUUAAGUUUACAAUUUAAGGUAUGAUGCAGUGUAUGAAAUAAGAAUCAUGUUCAUGAUGAUACACUUCAUAUGAGAAUCAAGAGUCGUAUGUACAAUGUUAGCACUCAUCUGAAGAUAAAGUAACAUAUAUCAUGCACAUAGUUAGGGGUGGGUAUUGCAGAGAAUUUUCAUAUUGCGAUAUAUUGCGAUGCGAAAGCAUGUAUUGCGAUAUGUAUUGCAAUAUAUUGCAUGA